CGGCCACAUCUCGACCUCGAUCAUCGCCGCUGGUGUGGUGACCCACGCCGUCCGUGAAUCUCGACCCCAUGAUGAUGAUGAUGCACAAGGAUGACGCGAAUGCACUGACGUUUGGGCAUCUCUUGUCGUUGGCGCAGUCGCAUCAACCCGAGGCGUGUGUGGAUGGGUGGACAGGAGUGCUCGACCGGUUGGCCGAAAUCGACGGCAUGCAGCUCAAACACGUCGUCACCGCUGCGAACGCCACCUUUAACGGCACAUUCCACGCAACUGUCCACACCCUGGCGUACCAGGUGGUGAAAAAGCUCGGGUGUCGGGGCGAAAUGGAGCGAAAGUUGCUGAUGCGAGAUGAUGUCCCGAAGCAUCUCCUCGCGUCGAUGCAAUUGCAUGUCGGGGACGCCGCCACGCAAUCCCACGGCCUCCAAGCGCUGUAUCCGCUCGCGUUCGACGCGCCGCAUCGCGUGCAGCUGGCCGCCUGUGGCAGUUUGCCCUUGUGUGUGUCGGCCAUGGCCGCGCACCCGACGGUGCUGCCGCUACAGCAGCAUGGCUGUCGGUUCCUGCAACUGAUGGCGUUUGACGACGACUGCAAGGUGGCGAUCCUGACCCACGACGGCCUUCCGGUCGUUCUCGCGGCCCUCGACCGCUUCUACAAGGACAAAGACUUGGCGAUUUCGUCGUCCGACUUGCUCUACUUUCUCGUGGCCGACCUCGACGGCGACGACGACAAAAUGCAAGGCGGCAUCGCGCCUGCCAUCAUCCACGCAGUCGUGCGAGUCAUGGACUUGCACGGAUCGGAUGCUCGCAUCCAAUCCCAUGGGGUUGCCAUUCUCAACAGCUUGGUCGCCAACGACGCAGCCAAGCCGCUGCUGUGCACAGAUGCAGUGCUGGACGUCGUGGAGCAAGCCAUUGGGUUCACGGACGACGCCACAAUAGACUCGAUUGUCCUGCUCUUUGAAUUGUUUCAAGACACGACCUGCCAAACCCUGAUCGUGAACAAUGCCUUGACUACAUCUCGACCGAUCAAAGCCAUUGGCGCCAAAUUAGCUACCGUAACGUUUUCGUCAGAUGAUACAGACAGUGGUGAGCGGGUGGCGUACAUUCAGCGAGUCUUGGCGGGUAUGGAGUCCACCAUCGAAGCUAGGAUGACGAACACAGCCACGCAGCCUUCGUCAAGCUAUGGUCACGGUGCCGCCGUGACACCUCUACCCCCUUCCUUGCCCCCGACCAGAUCGUUGGUUGAAAGCGGAGAAAACCGCCAACGACACUCGAUCCAACUGCUUUCAUCACCGUCCAAAGUACACGACCAGUCGGUGGAUUUGUUGUCUAUCGCCACCCGCGACGACGAGGACAAGCACUUUGCAGUUUGCGACCCCAAGGACGAGCUCAACAGCAAUUGCUUCACUUCGAAACAAAGAACGGGCACGUUACAGUCGUCACUUCACGUGACAGCAUCCCGAGCUCCGUCGUCGGCACAUAUCGUGGCACAUGUAACCUCCUCGCCCAACGCUUCGACGUCUCAUGUGUUGGACACGCCAGCAUCAUCUUCGCUGCCUCCAAUGUCCAAAGUGGGGAUGCCAUUCGGGGCAGCCCCCACCAUCGCCGCGAGACACGACAGCGACGCCGUUCGAGAAGUGCGGACAGAGUUGGAAGCCACCCGCGUGGCGUUGGUGGACGCAUCGAAAGCCAUCGAGUACGAACGGGCCAAGGUGCGCAAAGUGAUCUUCAACUACAAACUCAUGAAGCGGCGGCUGGCCGACCAACACAAACUCUUGUGCGUUCACAACGAGCGGUCCGUCGCCGAUGCCGAGAUUCACGACACAUUGCUGCAACGUGUGCGGUACUUGGAGUCUGCGCUCGAAGACGCCCACAGAUCGUGGUCGAACGAGCGCAAUAUGCGGGUGGAACUUGAGAACGAGCUGAGCAAGGGCGCUGUGGCGUUGGCCACUGCCCAAAAAGCCCUGGAGGACCAGCGACCACCAAUUGUGAGGGAGCGGACGGUGCCGGAAGUGCGCUUUCUGGACGCCCAGCGGUCGGUGCAGCAGCUCACGGGGGACAAGUUGAUUCUCGAAGAAGCCGUCAAGGUGGCGCAGGAGUUGCUGUACAAUUGUGAAACAAACCAAUUUUUCUUGGAAGCUCAAGUCAAGCAAGUCCGCCAACAAGGCAUGGAAAGCUUGCUCAUGCGUGAAGAGGAUGUCGAGAUUCCGAAACCGAGCAAAUACUUUACCCUCGCGUCCCCCACUGCCAAGCGAACGCAAGCCUAUAGCCCCACCACGCCGCACGCCGAUUCGCAAGUCAGUAAGGAGCUGUCGUCGACGCUUGAGCUCAACGACCAGCAAGCCAUCGAGGCGUUUCUCCACCGCGCCUACAAGUGUUUGGAGGCAUGUUCCGAAGGCUCAGGGGUGCACUUUUCGAUUUUGCGGCGGUAUCUUGUCGACAGCGGGCUCGCGUCGGCGCCGGCGAUGGUGUCGGACGUGGAUGUGAUUUUGAACAAAGUUUUAGCCGUGGCUCAUGAGAACAAACUCAAAGCGAGGCGACGAAAGGACUACGAGUUUUCGUCGUGUCCCCAGCGGCCCAACUUUGGCAAGCUACGCCAUCGAUACUUUAGCCGCAACUUGUUUUGCGAAGCUGUGACGCUCGUUGGCGCCAAGAAGUACCCGUACUUGGACAACACGACCACGAUGUUGCGAGAGGUGAUCUUGACAUUUUUGAGCCCGUAUGGCACAGCCAUCGAGUGCCGCGGCGGCGACGUCCAGCUACUCGUGACGUCGUACGACCCGUUCAAUUUUCUCAAGAUCAUGAUGGAGCAGCUCCACCGGUCGUAUCACUCGCCCGUGUCCACCGCUGACAACGACCAGCCCCAACGCAAGUUUGCAAAUGAACCUAUUCUGCAGGCCAUGUUGGAAAUGGUGCCCGUCUUGCAGCGGGAGCAAAAGCCGCUCAAAAUUAUUUGUGACUUUUAUACGGGGAUGCCAGACGCCACCAAGGACGACGCACUGGAUAUAGGACUCGAGGCUGUGGUAAACUUUGCCGUGGACUUUGAGGUCAUCCCUGCGUUUUUGGAUCGGUUAGCUGUGAAGCGGUUGUACAAAGAUAUCCUGACCUUCUUCAAGACGUUUCUGGCCAUGUACAAAGGAUUUCCGUGUCCACCAGACAAGAAGAAGUACGUGGCGUUCUAUAUGACGCUAGGGCGGCUCGCCGUCGAGAUCUUCAAGGACAAGCGCGACUACGACAUGCCGGAAAGCCAAGUACGUCUGUGAUAAUACCUAGUAUAUCUCAUGGCGUGUAGAUUACUGGACUGCUGCAGUGGAUGGACAAUUCCAGGGGCCGAGGCCGCAUCGUGCGGAAAGGCAGCGCCCAGACAGGCAUCAAGUUUUCCAACAAAUUGUACGCAGUGAAGUGAGAAACGACGAACUAACUAAUCCAAGAGAAGAAUGGCUUGGUGAUCAUGAUCUUAGGCCCUACGUAGCAGGGCCCCAGCACGACGU